UUUAAUUAUAUUAUAAUAAUGAUUAAUUCCUUUUUAAAGUCGGUGUUUGUUGUUUCUUUAAUCAUUUGUGUGUGCAAAGGUGAUGAAGAAAUUGUCUCCAAAGAUUUAUUCAACGAGCUGCCUUGUCUGUCUUUUGGCGGCAAAUGUGUUCAUGAGUCCGAUUGUCCUGAGAUAAGGCGAACUCAGGUGACUGGACUAUGUCCAAUACAGCAGCAGGAUAAUGUAGAAUGUUGUUACUCAGAUAAUAAAAGAAACUCCAAAUCCGCGAACAGUUGUCGUCGCAGCGGUGGCGAGUGUAUUUCAAAGACCUCUCAAUGUCCUGAAUUUCUUUUACACCGGGAGGCAACGGACUGUUCUGAAGAUGAGAACUGCUGUAUAUUAACUAAUUAAAUAAUAAA